UCGCAACUUAACUCAUCCCUUCUUAAUUACUACUAUAUUGUUAGUGAUUAAGGAAAAUCAAGUUUAUUUGCAAAAUGGCUUCUCUAAUUAAUUGUACUAAUUAUUUAUGUACACUUGUGUUCAUUGUUUCUCUUAUUUCUGGCCUUGCUAGUGCGCAGCUGUCUGCUAACUUCUAUUCGAGUUCUUGCCCGAAUGUCCAAACCCUUGUCCGAAACGGUAUUAACCAAGCCGUCAAAAAUCAGCCACGUCAGGGCGCCUCUAUUCUUCGUCUGUUCUUCCAUGAUUGCUUCGUUAAUGGUUGUGACGGAUCCGUGCUGCUGGAUGACGUAUCGGGUUUCACCGGGGAAAAGACAGCAAAUGCAAACAGAAACUCAGCAAGAGGUUUUGAAGUGAUUGACAGCAUCAAAACGAGCGUAGAAUCUGCUUGUAAUGCCACUGUCUCAUGUGCUGAUAUUCUAGCUCUUGCAGCACGAGACAGUGUUGUUGCGCUGGGAGGACCAUCAUGGACAGUCCAGCUAGGGCGAAGAGACGCAAGAACAGCAAGUCUGAGUGCAGCCAACUCCCAAAUCCCCGCACCAACCUCAAGUCUCUCCACCCUCCUCUCCAUGUUCUCCAACAAAGGCCUCAACGCCCGUGACAUGACCGCGCUCUCCGGUGGCCACACCAUAGGCCAGGCUCAGUGCACCAACUUCCGCGGCCACAUCUACAAUGACACCAACAUAAACGCAGCUUUCAGGACUACUCGCCGCGCGAAUUGUCCAGCCUCCGGUGGUAACACAAACUUGGCUCCUCUUGACAUACAAAGCCCUACUCAGUUCGGAAACAGUUACUACCAGAACCUUGUGAAUCAGCGCGGACUUCUUCAUUCAGACCAGGAGCUUUUCAACGGGGGAUCUACUGAUUCUCAGGUCCGCAGUUACAGCACCAACAAUGCAGGUUUCUUGAGUGAUUUCACUGCAGCGAUGAUAAAGAUGGGAAAUAUUAGUCCUCUUACGGGAAAGAAUGGAGAGAUUAGGAAAAACUGCAGGCGGCGUAAUUGAUUUAUAUGCGUCUCUGAUCAUGCAGAAUAUUCACAUACUCCAGAGUUCCAAAUACUAUGUGUUUUUAAUUUGUCUGUGUUGCGUGAUGUUUUGUUUUCUGGUUCGUAAUAACUAAAGUUAAUGUUUGAAUUUAAAAUACUACU